AUAUUUCACACUUUCUUUUUUCUACUAAAUUUGCUAUAUUUUAAAUCUUGUGAAAAAAAGCGAGCUUUUUUUUUUUAGCAAUAAUUUAUAAAUUAUGGAUACACGACCUCUACCUCCAGGAUGGGUUUCUCAGUGGGAGCCGAGUGUUGGAAGAUACUUCUUUGUUGAUACAACAAAAAAUCCUCCCGUAAGUUCUUGGGAUGACCCAAGAGAUGCACCACCUCCAUACUCUGCAUCAGAAGAAUCAAUGCCAUCAAUGCCCAUAGCAAUGCCUACACCAAAUCCACAAAGUUAUCCAGCAUCCUCUACAUAUCCUCAAUAUCCACAAGAUCCACAAUAUCCACAUUCAGACUCAAAAAGUUCUACUUCAUAUACUGGUUAUCCUGGUGGUCAACCUCAACCAGAUUCAUAUAACCCAUAUAAUAAAUAUGAUAGUACUUCUACUUCAUCAACAACAGCUACUGCACCAAAAAAAAGUGGAUUCCUAAGUAAAUUAGGAUUAAAUAGUGGUAAACCCGGUAAACCCGAUAAGUCCAGUAAACCCAACAAACCCAACAAACCCAACAAAUACACUCCACCUGCUGCCAGCUACGUACCCCCUGCUUUGGGAACUGCUGCUGCUCUUGGAGCUUUAUCCCAUCAUAAACAUGGAAAGAAACAUGGGUUGGGCUUAGGAGGUGGUAUGGGAUUAGGGUUAGGUGGCGCUGCCGCUGGUUUAUUGGUUGGUAAUGCUUUAUUUGGAGGACACAAAGGAUUCGGAUUUGGAGGUUGUGAUAACGGUUGGGGAGGUGGUGAUUGGGGAGGUUGUGGUUGGUAAAAUAAUAUACUGGUUUUAUUCGAUUCCAAUCAUUAUUUCAUUUCAUUAUCCCCAUUCAUAAAUAUAAUUAAUCAUAUUUUAUGCAUAUUUAUGUAAUAUAAAAAAACCUUUUUAUUUGUUUUAUAAUGAAUAUUUAUAAAAAUAAAAUAUUUAAACUGUUUUAUGAUACAAUUAACGUAAAGUAAGUUAUAUAGUUUCAAAUUCACUUUAUUAAAUAUUAAAUUAUUCUUUUACGCCAAAACUUUCUAAUUCCUUUAGAGUAUUUUCAAUAUCCAAUAUCAAUUUAUCAUCACUAGAUUGUAAUUCUUCAUCAUCUCUUGUGUUAUUUAUAACAUUGUUGGAAUUGUUUGUAGUGUUGUAUAAUAAAUC